AUGGGUGAUGCUUAUGCCUACAACGCGAUGCUUGUACUGAGAAGUGGGAUCCAAACUCUCUACCAGACUCGCGACCCUCUCGUGGAUGAUGACUUACAGUUCACUGUGGUGUCUGCCUCAGACACUACAUAUCAUAUUCACAAUGACGACUUUGAGGAUCGUCCCCUGACGAUCCCGAAAACUUAUCUCGUAAACCCAUAUUUUGAUCUCGGGCAUUGGUACCUAAUCCAUAGGUAUCAUACUCGCCCGAUUGUAGACGACGGACCUGAUGAUCCCAGUGACAUUGACUCGGAGUAUACCGAGAACCCGGACUUGGAUAUCUACACUGAGUCCGAGAGCGAAGCCUCUCAUCACUCACUCGAAAUAAGCGCCCAUCACGAAGCGCCUGACACAAGUUCAAACUCCGACUCGGAGGAAGACGAUGAGCUGUCCGAAACUUCUCCCUCUGGUGAUGUAUCGGUAGAGGAGAUUAAUUGGGAACUCGGAUGCGCUGGAAAGCGUAUAAUCCCUUGGAAAGACAUAGGGGACUUGCUCGGAAACCGAGUAAGCAAGAUAUUAAAUGCCUAUGACGAGUUCCCCGGAGACCCGGGUACUAUUAAGCUGGAGAAGCCUCGCUUCAAAGUACGGCGAGCGCUUGACAAAAAAUGGGCGGUUGAUGGUUUAGUUCAUCAAUCUCUUACUUAUUUUGAUGCUGAAGAUCUCCGGAACCCAGAAUUCCAGAUCGGACUCGAGUAUGGGCGAAGAUGUGCCCAGAUGAAGGGGAUCAAAGUCCCUGCCUCAUGGGAUGCUCAGAUCCAUGAGUCCUAUGGAGAAUACCCUCGAAUGGGGACUGAUUCGGGCUCUCCAAGAGGCCCGUCCUUUUCUAAAUGA